UUGAGGACUGGGAUUCUCACACUUUCACUACUUCCCAUUCAUAUCCAUCUCUGCUAAAAUCAUUGGAUUCUCUCUCUCUAAAAGACAGAGAAACAGAGGUGCAGAUGGAAUAGCCAUGAAUCUCCAUUCCCCAAUGCCUAUAUCCAAAUAAACUACCAACCCACUGAUCCCCUUCAACUAAAAGCAACCCAAUUAGAUUCACGUCGUCAUUUGCUCCUUCAUGAACUUUCUACAGUCCCCAUGCAUGAAGCGUUACCCUUGACAGCAAUCUUGCAAAGAACUUGAGCUUCCUCUAACUGGGUGUCUUGGCAUAUACAAUGCGAGUUCCAACUGUGAUGGUUUGGAGCUUAGCCCAAGUUUUUCUCGUCGCUCUAGCACUUACAACAGCAGUUUCAGCGGUUGAUGUCUUCUCGGCGGCAUUGCUGGGACUAAAGUCGGAGUUUGUAGAUGGCUCAAACAGUUUGUCUGAUUGGUCGAUUUCCCCUUAUGGGAGCUCGGCCAAGGCAAUCUAUGCUUGUUCUUGGUCUGGAGUCACUUGUACCAAGAAUUCCAGCAUGGUUGUUGGUUUGGACCUCUCCAAGAGGAAUAUCUCUGGUGCGGUAUCUGGCAAGCAUAUCAAGCUAUUGGUUGAUCUGGUGGACCUCAACCUCAGCUACAACUCCUUCUCCGGACAUCUUCCAGUCGAAAUGUUCAAUCUCACCAACCUGAGAAGCCUGGAUAUCAGUAGAAACAAUCUCAGUGGCCGCUUCCCUGCUGGGAUUUGUGCUGUCCAACACCUGGAGGUUCUUGAUGCAUUCAGCAAUAGUUUCUCAGGUCCCCUGCCGCAGGACGUCUCACAGCUGGAGUCUCUCAAGGUACUGAACUUAGCUGGUAGUUACUUUGAGGGUCUAAUCCCAGCAGAGUAUGGGUCUUUCAAGAAAUUGGAGUUGCUGCAUCUUGCAGGAAAUUUACUGGAUGGUGAAAUCCCUUCAGAGCUGGGGAAACUCAAAACACUGACCCAUAUGGAGAUUGGCUACAACACAUACCAGGGCAAUAUCCCAUGGCAACUAGGAAAUAUGAGCAGGCUUCAGUAUCUAGACAUUGCAGGUGCAAACCUCUCUGGUCCAAUCCCAAAUCGUCUCUGCAAUCUCACCAACCUUCAAUCCCUGUUCCUGUUCAGGAACCAACUCACUGGAUCAAUCCCAUGGUGUUUUGGCAAUAUUGUGCCUCUCACAAACUUAGAUCUCUCUGACAAUCAAAUUUCUGGGCCCAUUCCAGAGAGUAUUGCAGAGUUGAGAAAUCUACGUCUGCUUAGCCUCAUGUACAAUGAUAUGAGUGGCUCUGUCCCAGAGGGAAUCGCAGAACUUCCACUCUUGGAAACACUUUUGAUAUGGAACAAUUUCUUCUCUGGACCAUUGCCACUGACCUUGGGCAGGAACUCUAAACUUAAAUGGGUUGAUGUUUCUACAAAUAGUUUCACAGGGGGGAUUCCACCAGAUUUAUGUGCAGGAGGUAUGUUGUUUAAACUUAUCCUGUUCUCAAACAAUUUUACAGGUAGGCUUCCUCAUACUCUCACAAACUGCUCUUCUCUUGUUCGUCUCCGGGUUGAAGACAACUCCCUCUCUGGUGAGAUUCCAUUGAAAUUUAGCCUUAUUCCUGAUAUCACAUAUGUAGAUAUCUCUAGUAACAUGUUUACAGGAGGGAUCCCCCAAGACAUAUUUCAAGCUUCCAAACUUCAGUACUUCAAUGUCUCUCAAAAUCCGGGCCUAGGAGGUGUAAUUCCUGCAAGCAUAUGGUCUCUUCCACUUCGAAAUUUUUCAGCAUCCUCCUGCAACAUUUCAGGCAGUUUGCCUCCAUUCGAAUCUUGCAACUCCCUUUCUGUACUUGAACUAAAUGGAAACAGAUUAUCAGGGAUUGUACCAGAUAGUGUGGCCAAUUGCCAUGUUCUUGUGAGGAUGAGUUUAGCUAACAAUAACUUGAUAGGUUAUAUACCCGCUGAGCUUGGAAAUAUUCCUACUCUCAGUGUCCUAGACCUAUCACAAAAUAAACUCAAGGGCUCCAUACCAGCCAAGUUUGGAAAUUCUUCAAGCUUAAUGCUUUUAAAUGUGUCUUUCAAUGAUAUGUCUGGCCCUGUUCCUCCAGGAAAGAAUUUCAGAUUGAUGGAUUCAAGUGCCUUUGUUGGGAACCCGCACCUAUGUGGAGAACCUCUGCAACCCUGUCCUUAUUCAAAAGAAAUUUCUGAUAUAACUCUUUUUGGAUUAGGGAGCAAAAGCAAAGAAAAGUCUGUAUGGGUUCUGUUGUUUUGUGUGGGAGUAGCUUUAAUCUUCCUAGUAUCAGCUUUGGCCAUCUUUCAUUUUCAACGAGGAAGUACAAACAAAUGAAAAAUGGUUCUGUUGCAAUAAACAUAUGUCCUAUCUUCUUUAUGAUUACUUGCCAAAUGGAAACCAGGUAAAAAUGAUGAAAAUGAAAAGAAAGCCAAUAAUUAGUGUUAUCCUGCAAUUGGUCAGCUGAACACAACUUGUGAUUGGAAUUGCAAAGGGUUUGUGCUUCCUUCACCAUUACUGUUAACCUGCAAUUGCCCAUGGAGAUCUAAAGGUAAGCAACAUAGUGUUUGAUGAAAAAUAUGGAGCCCUGCCUGACUGAUUUUGAGUUGAAAACGUUGAUACAGAUAAAAGAAGAUCCACUCCCAGAGAGCUAUUAUGAAUCAGGAACAGGUAUACUUCUGUUUGCUUGCUCUCUUGCAAAUACCAUUCCACCAUUUCAAACAAAUUCACAAAGCAUUGUCCCAACCACAUGGUGUUGGUUAUACAAGUCGUGUGUUGGUUUUCCACCUUCAAGGGUCAUAUCUUCUGUCAAAUUGUGAGUUUGUGACUCCCCAGAUCAUUUCAUACAAUAUCAACCCAGGUCAUUGCAAACAAACAUGGGCCUUUAUUAGAAGCCCCAAGUAAACCAAGUCUUUAGAAAUAUCUUACAUUCAAGAUACUUUUUGAGCUUUAAUCGAAUCAUAAAGAGGUAAAAUGAAAAGGUCACGACUUAAUUAGUUGUGUUUUGAUCAUUUCAGUUCUAAUGGCAUCCCCAGCUCAAUGCUUACAUUGAAGAAUAAAGGUUUUACUAUUUGGUUCUUAUGUCCUCCCCACUACAGGAUUAUGUUGAAAAUUAGAAGUUACUCUACUUUCUCCAAAAUAAACAAAAGGCAGGUUUUAAUUCUUUUGCCAACUAAACCUUAAAAGAGGUCAUAUUCCAUUUAUACCUUUGUAUGAAAAAACCCAACAUCAUGUUGUCCUAUAUGCUAUUAUCUUACUCUAUGGUUUGGUAUUUAUCUGAAGUUUAAAUUGUUCUAACUGUUGGAUAGUUUUGUAUGCCCUUAGC